GCGAGGGUGGAGUGUGUCGCCCGCGCUCUGCCACACUGUCACUGGUUCCUGGUGCGUGCGUGAGCGUGUGUUUGUGUGUGAGUGUGUUCGGUAACCCUCCUGACUACGUGGCUGGGUUAGCCGCUACGGGGACGCCUACGACCCCAACUACCAGGCCCAAACGACCUACGACUUCACCCAGGGGGGUCCGAACUACGACCUCAGCGCCUACCCUGACAACUACUACACCCAGCAGGACCCCGCUACCUACGCCGCCAGCAGGGUCGGCCAAGACACUUACUACGACAACACCAACUACAACGACUACAACGACCAGGACGACUUCGACUACCCGGUCCCGGACUACGGCGGAGCGGACCCUACCUACGGGACCCAAAAUCCCUACAACGAAGCUUCGAACCCGUACUACGAGACCUCGGAUCCCUACAACGAAGCUUCGAACCCGUACAACGAGGCUUCAGAUCCUUACAACGAGGCCUCGGGUCAAUAUGCGUACGAAGAGGGUGAGGACUACGACGCGUACCCCGGGAAUGAUCCGCUGAGCUACGAGUCGCCCUACGCCUACGAGCGGCCGACCCUCUACAAGCAGGGCGCGAACCUCCAGCCCGACGGGAGCUUCGCGGGCACCACCGAGGUCAGGUCCGCCUACCGCGCCUACGACAGCUACAGGAAGCCCAAGGCCGGCCGGGCGAAGCAGGACAACCUACACGGGGACGGCGGGGUAGAAGGUGACACCGAGCACCGCACACAAUACCAGGGCUACGUCGCUCCUCCCCCUCUCACGUACCGGCAGGGCGCCAACCUAGCCCCGGGCGGAGAGUUCCAGGAAAACACCGAGUACAGGCAACAGUACCCGGAGAAAAGAGCAGGGAAGCGCACCGCCAAGAGGCACUCCGACACCCUAAAGCCGGAGGGAGGACAGAGCUUCGGUGAGACUGAGACCAGACGCCAACAUCAAGCCUUCCAAGGAGAGCGUGCAACCCUUCACAGACCAGGCGGUAACCUCAAAACCGAAGGCGGUUUCUCCCAGGACACUGAGUACCGCCAGCAGUACCCGGAGAAGCAGGGAGUCAAACAAGAGGCAAGGAGGUACUCGGACAACCUAAGAACCGAGGGAGACUUCGGCGAGGAGACUGAGACUCGAGAUAAACACAAACCAUUCCAGUCCCAACGUGCCGCUCCGAUCAGACAAGGUACACAUCUUAAAACUGGAGGAGACUUUUAUAGAGACACUGAGUACAGCAAACAGUUUCCGAAUAAGAACGCAGACAGACCUACAGCCAAAAGGUACUCGGAUAACCUCUGGCCGGAGGGAAGCUUUGGCGAGACAACCGAAACCCAGGACAAACACAAGGCAUUCGACGCGAGGAAACGCUCCGCCAAGAAGAACGGGUCUCACCUAGCACCCGGCGGAAGCUUCUCAAGGGACACAGAGUACAACAAACAGUUUCCGCAGAAGGCUUCACAGAGACCAGAGGCGAAGAGGUACUCCGACAACCUAAAGACUGAAGGUGAAUUUGGGGAAGAGACAGAAACUCGAGCCAAACACAAAAACUUUCAGGCCCAGAAACAAGCCCCAAUAAAGCCUGGGUCCAACUUAUCUUUGCAAGGAAGUAUCGCUGAUGACACAGAGUACAAAAACCAGUUCCCACAGAAGUCAUCGAGGAAAUCUGAUCCAAUAAGAUACUCAGACAACCUAAAAACUGUAGGAGAGUUUGGAGAGGAGACAGAGACUCGAGCCAAACACAGAAGCUUUCAGGCUCAGAAACAAGCCCCAAUAAAGCCCGGGUCCAACUUCUCUUUACAAGGAAGCCUUGCCGACGACACAGAGUACAGAAAACAGUUCCCAGAGAAGUCAUCAAGGAGAUCCGCUCCAAUAAGAUAUUCAGACAACUUGAAACAAGAGGGUGACUUUGGAGAGGAAACAGAAACUCAAGCCAAACACAAAAGCUUUCAGGCUCAAAAACAAGCCCCAAUAAAGCCCGGAUCCAACCUCUCUUUGCAGGGAAGUAUCGCCGAUGACACAGAGUACAAAAAACAGUUCCCACAGAAGUCAUCGAGAAGAUCCGAGCCAAUAAGAUACUCCGACAACCUAAAAACAGAAGGUGACUUUGGCGAGGAGACAGAGACAAAGGCUAAACACAAAAGCUUCAAAGCCGAAAGGCAGACUAAAAAAAAACUUCAAUCCAACCUAACAUUAGAGGGAAGUCUCGCUGACGACACAGAGUACAGACAACAGUUCCCCCUAAAGAACCCAGACAGACAGCAGUCCAAGAGGUACCCGGACAAUCUCUACCCCGAAGGAGGAGAGUUGUCCAAAACUUCUGAGUACGGAGCGGCGUUCGAGGCGCGGACUGUUGGGGGGAGAGGAUCGAGGAGGAGGCCUGACGUCUCGAAGCAGAACGGAGACUCAAAAAACGGACCAGCGCCCAAAGAGCAGCUUAAGGAGGUAAAGAAGAGCGGUAAUGCGUCUGGGGUAAGGGACAGCAGCAGGGGUAACAAAGCACUUUCUGCGGAGUCCCAGAAAAGCAAUGACCGCCUCAAGACAGCGGGGAAGACUGAGGAAAUCCCCGAGAACAAGGAACGUUACAAACCCACUGAUACCACCAACCCGGAGAGGCGACGGACGGGAGGGACCCUGAGUCGUGAAGGAAAGGUCGCAGGAAAACCACAAGAGUCUAUGUACCUGCCUUCAGAAGGGCAGACCCGACGCUCCUACCGCGCCCCCGACAACCUCAAACCUGGAGGGUUGUUUGGGGAUAAGACAGAGAUCAGAGACAACUACCGUCACUUUACCGCUGAUAGGCCCGCUUUUCAACGUCAGAGGACUAGCCUAAGACAAGAGGGAACAUUCGGACAGUCUUCGGAGUUCAAGGACAAGUUCCGGGGGGUGCAGGUGACUCGGCCCGCCCUCAGAAGAAUGGAAGGAAGCCUCAAACCUGAAGGACACUUUGGCGGGAUCACUGAAGUUCACGACAAGUACCGAACCCUCGAGACCCACCGCAACAUUGCCCCCAAACACGGGUCUAACAUCCGAUCAGAAGGACAAUUCGGAGAGACCUCAGAAAUCAAGGACAAAUACCGACAGUUCGACACCCAGCGGAAAAUAGCUCCAAGACACGGGGCCAACCUGAAGUCUGAGGGUGAGUUCGGCGAGAUUUCGGAGCUACACGAUAAGUACAAACCCUUGGGCAACCAGAGGAAGAUAGCCAAGCGACACUCUGCCAACCUGAAGCCUGAAGGGGACUUUGGGGAGACAUCAGAACUACACGACAAGUACAAGGCGUUGGACUUCCACAGGAACAUCGCCAAGCCCAUCAAGGACAAGAUCUUGCUGGAAGGAGAUUUCGGCGAGAUGUCUGAAGUCCACGACAAGUUCAAGCCGCUGGGGAAUCACAGGAAUAUCGCGAAGAAGCACUCGGCGAACCUCAAGCCCGAGGGAGAGUUCGGGGAGACCUCGGAGAUCCACGACAAGUACAAACCCUUGGAGACCCAACGCAACAUCGCCAAGAAGCACUCAGCGAACUUGAAACCCGAGGGAGAGUUUGGCGAGACUUCCGAACUCCACGACAAGUUCAGGGCUUUGGAGACUCAGCGAAACAUUGCCAAGAAGCACUCAGCGAACUUGAAGCCCGAGGGUGACUUCGGCGAGACAUCCGAACUCCACGACAAAUACAAACCACUGGGGAAUCAGAGGAAUAUCGCGAAAAGACACUCGGCCAACCUGAAGCCAGAAGGAGACUUUGGUGAAACUUCUGAGCUCCACGACAAGUUCAAGCCUUUGGAGAGUCAGAGGAACAUUGCCAAGAAACAUUCGGCGAACCUAAAACCCGAAGGAGAGUUUGGAGAGACCUCUGAACUCCACGACAAGUUCAGGCCUUUGGAAAAUCAGCGAAAUAUUGCCAAGAAACAUUCGGCAAACCUAAAACCUGAAGGAGAGUUUGGAGAGACCUCUGAACUCCACGACAAGUUCAGGCCUUUGGAAAAUCAGCGAAAUAUUGCCAAGAAACAUUCGGCGAACCUAAAACCUGAAGGAGAAUUUGGGGAGACCUCCGAACUCCACGACAAGUUUAAGCCUCUUGAAACCCAAAGAAACAUCGCCAAGAGGCAUUCGGCGAACUUGAAACCCGAAGGUGAGUUUGGCGAGACCUCUGAGCUGCAUGACCAGUACAGGGCCUUGGAGAGUCAGCGCAACAUCGCCAAAAGACACUCGGCCAACCUGAAGCCAGAAGGAGAGUUCGGCGAGACCUCUGAACUCCACGACAAGUUCAGGCCUUUGGAGAGUCAACGAAACAUUGCCAAGAAGCAUUCGGCGAACCUAAAACCCGAAGGAGAGUUCGGUGAGACUUCCGAACUCCACGACAAGUUUAAACCCUUGGAGACGCAGCGGAACAUUGCCAAGAAGCAUUCCGCGAACCUAAAACCUGAGGGAGAGUUCGGGGAGACCUCUGAGCUUCAUGACAAGUUCAAGCCUUUGGAGAAUCAGAGGAAUAUUGCGAAGAGACACUCCGCUAACCUAAAGCCUGAGGGAGAGUUCGGGGAGACCUCUGAACUUCAUGACAAGUUCAAGCCUUUGGAGAAUCAGAGGAAUAUUGCGAAGAGACACUCCGCUAACCUAAAGCCUGAGGGAGAGUUCGGGGAGACCUCUGAGCUCCAUGACAAGUUCAAGCCUUUGGAAAAUCAGAGAAACAUUGCAAAGAGACACUCCGCUAACCUAAAACCUGAAGGAGAGUUCGGCGAGACCUCUGAGCUCCACGACAAGUUCAGGCCUUUGGAGAAUCAGCGAAACAUUGCAAAGAAGCACUCGGCGAACUUGAAACCAGAGGGUGAGUUCGGCGAGACCUCUGAACUACAUGACAAAUUCAGAGCCCUCGAGAGCCAACGGAACAUCGCGAAAAGACACUCGGCAAACCUGAAACCAGAAGGGGAGUUCGGCGAAACCUCCGAACUCCACGAUAAUUUCAGAGCCCUCGAGACGCAACGAAACAUCGCGAAAAAGCACUCGGCCAACCUCAAGCCCGAGGGAGAGUUCGGUGAGACGUCAGAACUCCACGACAAAUUCAAACCGUUGGGGACGCAUCGCAACAUUGCCAAGAAGCACUCCGCGAACCUUAAACCAGAGGGAGAGUUCGGCGAGACUUCUGAACUCCACGACAAAUUCAAACCGUUGGGGACGCAUCGCAACAUUGCCAAGAAGCACUCCGCGAACCUCAAACCGGAGGGGCAGUUCGGCGAGACAUCUGAACUCCACGACAAGUACCGAGCCAUGGAGCCCAAGAGGAACAUCGCCAAGAAACACUCCGCGAACCUCAAGCCGGAGGGAAACUUUGGGGAGACUUCGGAGCUGCAUGACAAGUACCGAGUCUUGGAGCCGCAGCGGAAGAUCGCCAAGAAGCACUCCGCCCACAUCAAGCCCGAGGGACACUUUGGCGAGAAGACGGAGAUCCAGGACAACUAUCGGAGCCUGGAGACGCAGCGGAACAUAGCCAAGCGCCACAGUGCCAUGCUCAAGCCGGAGGGACUCUUCAGCGGGACCUCGGAGCUCAAGGACCAGUACAAGUCGUUCGAGACAGCGCGGAACAUCGCCAAACGUCACACAGCCAAUCUGAAGCCCGAGGGAGACUUCGGCGAGACGUCUGAGCUCCACGACAAGUACAAAGGCUUCGAGACCCAUCGGAACAUCGCUAAGCGGCACUCGUCGUCUCUAAAGCCUGAGGGAGACUUCGGAGAGACAUCCGAGCUGCAUGACAACUACCGCGGCCACCAGGCGAUGCGACCCAAGGUGGAACGCCUCGAUCGGGACCAGGUAUGGCAGGACGGACCGAAGUUUGCCAUGGAGGGCAAGUCCGAGACGCUCUCUAAGUUCAUCGACUACCCCGGCGUGAGGGGCGUGGACCUGAGGGUGCAGCCACGCCACGGCUACAACACCCAAACGGUGUCGGUCGCCUGAGAGGAUUUCUUCACGCAGUUGCGCGGUUCAGCGUCACACAAACCCUCAUCGGGACGUCCAUAGUCAUUGCACCACAUCCGUGACGCCUCUGCCUCCUGCUGGUCAGUCUCUACGCCAUGUCACAGGAGGCAGGCAGGCCCAUCUCACGGUGCAUCUUCACAUUUCAAAUAAUAACGUCCAUCAUCAGCAAACCACCGCCAUGCCCACUCAUGAGACAUCACAGCCAUACGCACAUACAAACAUGUAAACAUACAAUCAUACAUACAUACAUGAGUAGAUACAAUACAUUCAUCAUCUCGAUAGAAGGUUUGUUGUAAGAUUUGCUAGUCGAGUGAUGUAGCCUACGUAGAUGAUUUAUCCGAUAGGGUUUUCUAGUUAAUCAUUGCGACGUUUUAUCAGCACUUGUGUCUUAAGUAGUAAAAGCGUAAUGAAUUGUAGUGUUGCUUACGUACGACUUUAGAAUGUUUAUCAUCUUGAUGAUUUAAGAAUAGUUACCAUUCCAUCACCCACCAUUUGUUGUGUCGAAGUAUUUCAGGCAUCCAAAGCACUGGUUAGGCAGUACAAAUAACCUAGUAACACAGACGAUAGCUAUAGGGCUUUGCUUCACGUAUAAAAGCUGAGAGGAUACCCAACAACUGUGCAUUUUGUGAUAGGAAAAAAGAUCGUAGUUUAUCAUUUGAAUAUUUAAAUGACGAAAAAAACUAAGAACGAUUUGUUCACGUCUAUGACCAAACACAAAUAUGAACUUACUUCAUUUUGGUUCCAGUGGUGAAGGAACUGUAACCAACCAAAAAAAAAACAUUCUUUAUUAUAUGUCUUCGGUAAGUGAUGUACACAACCCUUUCUACCAGUUAUGAAUGAGAUAAGAGUCCAGCCGUUUAAUAUGUUGUAAAGAGUCGUUGGUUUUCAUGUUUGUGUUCGGGAAGUGACGAACAAACCUUACCACUAUAUUUACUAACGAGUGAGAUAAGUCUGGCAGUUUACUAAAGUCGGUUCCACGAGAGCUGGCGGGUCUAAUCCUUCACGGGUGGACUCGUGGACUUGGUAUCAUGAAAAAGAAAAUAAGAGCUGAAGCGUGAGAGCAUUGAGUGAACAGAAAAUCCGGGACCCGUUGCAAAGGCAUAUCCCGGGACCACAUCUGCUGAUCAGGGCCCGCAUCCUCAGACGCUUUUGGCUCUUACAACUACUUCCAAAGGCCGCAACGGAGAUUAGUCGGGUUCUCAUGGGUGUGUUUCGCAUUCAUGGUGCAGAAGGCUUACCAAACUAUCGCUAGGGUCACAAAACUACCCAUGGAAAUACCCACAGCCUCUAUGAAAGCCUUGACAAAUGUAAGUGUGACCCCCAAGAUGUUUGAGGAUACGGGCCCUGAUCUGAGAGAGCGAGAGAUAGUAGGCUUUGUCAUGGCAGGUUAGAGGUAGUAAACAACAACAAAUGACCGAGGCAGAGACCGUCACCCAAGCAAUGAUGCCAAGGCAGCGAGUCCACCCCUGAAGGAUUAGGCCCUUUAGCCUUCUUGAAACCGACUAUAGGAUGCAAACAGUCGACUUUCACGUGACUGUCUCUUUGUCCCUUCGUGUGCAGCCGUCCAGCAGCCCCGAGCCUUGCAGCCCUAUAGAGGAGUAUAGCGCAGGCCAAGGCGCGCGGGGCUGUGGUGCCUCAGGAAGGUGUCACCGUUACAUAGGCGUGACAAUGUAACGCGUGCACACCUGCUCUUCCUACAAACAAACACACACACACAAACAAACACAAUACUCUACGGUAGUGUUGCGUCUGUGAUGGUUUUCUUGUGUUGCGUCACUUCCUUUCUUUAAUUAUCGUUUAGAUUCGUUGUCGUUCGAUUCGUUUAUCGUUUAUUCUCUGCAGCAAAGUUUCAAUAAGGGUUUCCUCUCCUAGUGUGUGUGUGUGUGUGUGUGUGUGUGUGUGUGUGUGUGUGUGUGUGUGCAAACAGUAGACCAAUAGCAGAUUGACGCAGGGAGUCAAGCUGUACACAAGCAAGUUUCACCAAAGCUUUUACUAGUCAGUGAAUAAUAAUUUGAAG